UGAAAAUGAGGUGCCAUAAAUUCAGAAAUGUCUUUUUGCUGUGGUUUUCUUUAGCGCUGCUGACCUUCGGAUUGUGUAGCAGCAACAAGGUAUACCGCGUCUCCUUGAAUGGAGACCGCUCUGUAUCGCUACACUGGAAACUAAAUUAUCAGGACAACGCAGUUGAUUUUGAAAUACAUUUGCCGGACGAAUUCGGCUGGUUCGCAUUCGGUUUUUCCGACAGGGGAGCAUCGUUCCCCGCGGAUUAUUGCCUGCUCUGGAAAAAUACGAAAGGGAAACUCAGUCUACAGGACACUUGGGCCAAUGAUAACGGAGUUUUGCAACUGGACAAGCAACAAGACUGCAAGAACUUUCGCGUCACGGAAAGGAGAGGUACAACGAAAUUUGCGUUCACCAGAAUUUUCGACACGUGUGACGAUGAAGAUUAUAUCAUCGAGGAUGGAACGACGCAUAUUGUGUGGUCUAGAGGUCAGCACAGGCUGUAUCAAGCCAAAGGAGUCAACGUAAGCGUUUCUGGCAGAGAACAUUUCGGGAUGGUAAGAGUGCAUCUUUUGAAAAAUACAGAAACCGACGACAAACUGCCGCCGUAUGUGCAAGUCCUGGACCUUUUGGUCGAUAAAGUAAAGGUGCCAGCGGUAGAAACCACUUAUUGGUGCAAAGUUUUCAAGCUGCCUCGGGAAUAUGGACAGAAACAUCAUAUUUAUCAGUUCGAAGCAAACAUCCAAGAAUCUAGUCAGGGACUGGUCCACCACAUGGAGCUGUUCCACUGCGAGACGAAAGUCGGCGAAAACUUUCCUCUUUACUCGGGGAAUUGUUUCGCAGAGGAGAGACCCCCCACCACUCAGGUUUGCAAGAGAGUAAUGUCGGCGUGGGCGAUGGGAGCUCCCCCUUUCACAUAUCCAGAGGAAGCGGCAUUACCAUUGGGAGGGAAAAAUUUUAACCCAUACGUCAUGCUGGAAAUUCACUACAAUAACCCAGAACUCAAAGCAGGAAUCACCGACAAUUCGGGUAUUAGGCUGUAUGUGUCGAAUAAGUUGAGAAAGAUGGACGCCGGUGUCAUGGAGCUCGGCCUAGAAUAUACCGAUAAAAUGGCCAUUCCUCCCGAUCAAGACUUAUUUCCACUUAUUGGCUACUGCAUAAGUUCCUGUACAAGCAUGGGCUUACCCGCAGAAGGGAUAACCAUCUUCGGUUCUCAGUUGCAUACUCAUUUGACCGGUGCAAGGGUGUAUACCAGACACUUCGACUCAUAUGGACGGGAACUGCCAGAACUGAAUCGUGAUAACCACUACAGCACGCACUUUCAAGAAAUCAGAAAGCUAAAAAAGCCGAUCAAAGUACUGCCGGGCGACGUGUUGAUCACAAGAUGCGAUUAUAACACCAAGGGUCGGCGAAAUAUUACUUUGGGCGGCUUCAGCAUAAGCGACGAAAUGUGCGUGAACUAUAUUCACUACUAUCCGCACACAGAUCUGGAAGUUUGCAAGAGUUCGAUAAGCGACCAGGCCCUUAAGACAUUCUUUGACUACAUGAACGAAUGGGAAAAUCAACCGACAUCGUCUACCAAUGCAGUAUCCGAUAAUUACAGAGCGAUAACUUGGAACCCCAUGAGGGUCCAACUAUUGAACGAAGUGUAUCGCGAAGCUCCGCUGAGUAUGCAAUGCAAUAUGUCCAGCGGCGAUCGAUUCCCGGGAUACUGGGAAAAUGCUUCGGUACCUCCGGUCUUCCUUCCACUGACGCCGUCGUCUAGAAAAUGCAACCGCGACGCUUACUAAAUGUAGCCGUUAAUAAACCAAUUUGAAGCAUUCUAGCAGCUAGUCCAACAAUUAAAACAAUUUAAAAUAUUGGUU